AGGAACGCAGAAAGGUAGUCCUUAGCAACGGCGGAUAAACAUGAGUUAUUACAGCCUCAGGUAAGAAGAAAACGCACCGCUCUCACUUUUCAUAACUUUUUAUGCGUUUUCUGAGCAAGAGGCGAGUCGCCAAGGUGACAGUGUUUUUAUCAGGUGAAGAACGGAGCAGAUCGUAACUUUUGAGGCGAGUCAAAAGACGACUUGGGCUAAUGCUACGGGCUAACGUAUAUAACGUUACGUGGCGAUCAGCAAAUUUUAGGAACUUACGUUGAUAAACCAAAAGCGUCCAUCAAUAAACACACAAAUACCGUCUUGCGUGCAUUGCAUCGCCCUUGAACGAGUCGCUAAAAGGAAAGAAAGAUACUUGAUGCAUGUUUGAACCCGCUCGCCCGAUGUGCGGAUCGAGUUUUCAACUGCAUUCUUGUGAAGUAAUGUCAUCAAAUAAGGUAAAAAAAACCCCUCUCCGAUAAAAAAAAAACAAACUCUCCGAAUAAUCAACUUUAACGACUUGCACAAGGGCAUUUUUGUUGUCAUUGAGUUUAAAAGCGGGCCAAAGUGCAUCAUUCCCCCAUUUAGUAGUCAGCAUGGGGCAAGAAAUUGAUGUUUGGAUCUUAAAAAUGUAUUAUUUCAUCGUGGCAUUUGCGUAUUACCCUUAUAUUGUUGCCGUGUGAUUUGACAUGAUGACUGUGUAUACAGAUGCCACAUACUUAUUACUGCUUUUUUUCCAUGCAAUUACUCCCGCCGGUGAGCCCCAUGCGUCCUCAUCAGUUGACUUGUGUGUCACCUCGUCUCUGAAGACACAUACAUAAACACACAUUCAGGUCUUUGGCGAUUGUCACUCUUACAGAAACAGAAGGAUGCUCGUCUCCUAGUAACAAGAUAUACAUUUUGAGACGGCAAAAGUAAUGAGCCAUGUGUAAAAAAAAAUGGAAAAAAUGGAUGUGAUGGAAGUGAAAAAGUCUUAUGAAAGUAUACUUCCCUGGAGAGCACGCACACCUCGGGGUUUUCCCUCCUAAUGGAUUGCCGGUGCAUCGCAUGGAUGUCAUGGCAACCCUCCGCCACCUCUUGAGCCAGUCACUCCCCUUAGCACCGCACAUUACGAGUUGGCAUCACAGGAAUGAGCGUCGUUUCAAGUCAGGAUGGAAUCUCGGCCCGUCUACAGUCGCUGGUCGUACAGGUUAGACGUGCAAAUCUUUGUAGAUCAGCUGUAGCUUUGGCUCUAAAACUGGGUCCGGAAAUAUUAUUUAACUUAAAUUUGAAUUCACUUCUGAGCCGUCCACAGUGAUCAUUGAACAAAAACUUUCUGACAAAGAAAUGCAUUCCUAGACACAUAUAGAAAUCUUCACUUUGCCAAUUGAAUGGCGGUUCGUUUGUGCUCCCUCGAAUUGGAGAACUUUGACAUCAACAUGUUAAGACUAGGGUUGUUCCGAUCAUGUUUUUUUGCUCCUGAUCUGAUCCCGAUCGUUUUAGUUUGAGUAUCUGCCGAUCCCGAUAUUUCCCGACCCGAUUGCUUUUUUUUUUGCUCCCGAUUCAAUUCCAAUCAUUCCCGAUAAUUUUUCCCUUUCAUAUACAUUUUGGCAAUGCAUUAAGAAAAAAAUGAAUAAAACUCUGACGAAUAUAUGCGUUCAACAUGCAGUACAUAAGUACUGUAUUUGUUUAUUAUGACAAUAAAUCCUCAAGAUGGCAUUUACAUUAUUAACAUUCUUUCUGUGAGAGGGAUCCAUGAAUAGAAAGACUUGUGACUUUGUAUAUUGUGACUAGAUAUUGCCAUCUAGUGUAUUUGUUGAGCUUUCAGUAAAUUAUACUGUAGCCAUGCCCAAAUGCAUGAUGGGAAGUGGAACCAUGACUGUGCGUAGUGCUACCAGUUGAUAUAUCUUCUCUGCGUUGGGAAAUAACAUAAGGUGUUACGAAAAGAUCAAUUGCUAUCUUGCUACCCCACAUAGCUUCCCAUGAUAUAUCUAAUUGUAGGGAGAGGGAUUGUAAGGCUUUAGCCAAUUAAAAAAAGGCUCCAAAGGCUGUCAAAAUUCACUCUACUCAUUUUACGCUGCCUUUUAUCCUUCCAUAUAGGAAAAACGUCGCCAUUACAGAUUGAGCACGACAAUGCGUGAGUGGGUCGUGCAGUGCAUGCAUUAAUUGCGUAAAUAUUUUAAUGUGAUACAUUUUUUAAAAAAUUAAUUACCACCGUUAUCGGGAUACAUUUGAUAACCCUACCUUAAGCCUUAACGAAAGACUCUGGAUGAGUGUAAUACAUUAUGUCUGUAACUUUAAAUACAAUUAGAAAACGAUUUAAUUAAAAAAAUAUAUACAUAUUUAAAAAAAAGGCAUGGCCGAUAUUUUUUUGCCGAUUCCGAUACUUAAAUGACGUGAUCGGACCCGAUCGAUCGGGAUAUCUCUAGUUAAGACUAUGUUAAUUAUGCUAAUGCAAAUUACAGAGAAACAUUGCUGUCAGCACAAUCACUACGGUUACAAAAGGCUGGUAAAAUACGUAUUGAUGCACUACGGCGAACAAGAGUCGAGAAUCGCCGCACUAAACUCUUUUCUCUCUACUUAUCUCUUUGGCAAACUGCCCCUUUAAGGCCUUCCAGCGCCGCCAGCUUCGUGUCCAGUUCUACAACGACAAGGUAAACGCACCCCCAAUUCACACCGUCACUGACACCUGCUGUGUGUCACUGGAAGAUGAGCUACUUUAGUACAAGUCAUUCAACGAUGGCUUCUAAGCAUUCAGACACACAUGAAAUAUUUGUCAUAUGAAACAAGUAGACUUAUUCCCACAGAAGAGCUCGCCCCAAAGUCCUCACUCCCUUGCUGUAGCCAAGCAACGCAAGGCCCUAGGUCCCCAACCGCGCCCCUGGGGCAUUUAGUCCUGAACUUCUGGGAGUCGCACUCACUUGUCUGGUAGAUUCAGAGACUUUUGUGAAAGCUAUUUUAUGGUUCUCAAUCCAUUCCCAUCUCAGCAGUGGAUUCGAUGACCCCAACAGCAUCAUGCAACAGAAGCUAGAAAAACAGAGGUCCUUGCUGGAGCAGAAGCAGCGGCGGAAGCGCCAGGAACCGCUAAUGGUUCAGCCCAACACGGAGGCCCGGCCCCGGCGGACCCACACGCGGCAGGAGAAAGACCAGGCGCCGCCUGUGGAUUCGCAUCUCGUCAACACCAAUGAAAUCAUCGUGGAUGGUAUUAGUGUUUCGACAGCCUACCACGGAUCCAAAUCUCCUAAAAAGGGCACAGAAGUUCAGAUUGUGUCCGUGAAUCAGUCCCAGGGCCACACUAUAGCUAAGUCUAAGGCUCGCCCUCCCCCGCCUCCCUCCCCCAAUGUGGCCGCAGGGGACGCGGCGAAGGCUGGAGACGCGGAGAUCGUGCAUCAUCCCAAGACGGACAUUCAUGAACUAUUGCGGAAACAAGGUUUGUCAGGCAGUAUGAACUUUGAUGAAUCCAGUGAGGACAAUGACGAAGAGCGGCCGGAAUCCCCGACGCCCAACGAAGAGGCCACUAGGCCCGGCUCCGCCACCAGCACCAAGGGUCCAGAGACAGUCGCCAGCAGCUCGCCCUUAUCCAGGAGCUCGUCACACCUAGAAGUGUCCAACUUGGAGGAGUUCGUGUUACUUCCAGCUCCUCGCGGUACCACGGUUAGAUGCCGCAUCACACGUGACAACAAAGGCAUGGACCGCAACUUCUACCCCACCUACUACAUGCACAUGGAGAAGGAGGACGGCAAAAAGGUCUUCUUGUUGGCAGGGAGGAAGAGGAAGUAUAGCAAGACAGCCCACUACCUCAUUUCAGUAGACCCCACCGAUCUCUCACGAGAGGGCGAGAGCUUCAUUGGCAAACUGAGGUCCAAUCUUUUCGGCACUAAAUUCACCGUGUACAACAACGGCGCCAACCCUUUCAAGAACCAACCCGCCACGGAGGGCAGCAGCACUCGACAGGAGCUUGCUGCCAUCCACUAUGAAACCAACUUAAUGGGGAUCAAGGGCCCGCGCAAGAUGACAGUUAUCAUACCGGGAAUGGGUGACAACUUUGAGCGAGUGCCCGUGUGCCCCCACAAUGAGCAGGAGAGCCUGCUGAGCCGCUGGGAGAGUCACUCCAUGGACAGCCUGAUCGAGCUUCACAACAAGGCGCCGGCGUGGAACGACGACACGCAGUCCUACGUGCUCAACUUCUACGGACGCGUCACUCACGCCUCCGUCAAGAACUUCCAGAUCGUCCACGACGACGACCUCUGGCCGAGUGGCAGAGGACAUCUUCACGCUGGACUACAACUACCCCAUGUGCGCCCUGCAGGCUUUCGCCAUCUGUUUAUCCAGCUUCGACCACAAAAUGGCCUGCGGAUGAAUCGGACUCCGCCAAUUAGCGGGUGGACAUCGACUUCAAGACUCCACUUGCUCACUUGGGGAGCAAUGCCGCUCUCAGGAAAAACUGCCUCACCCUACAUCUUCAAUCAUUAUCCUUUUGUAUUGAAAGUGCAUUGUUCUUACCUUUUGCGUUUUGUGAAUAGCUUUUAUGACUUGUUGACAUGCAUGCAAACUUGCACAUAUUAUACGUACUGUAAUUAAAAAAACAAGAUCAGAAAAAUCACAUUUUUGUCUUCCCUGUCCAAAAAAAACAAACAGAAAAUCCUUUUUAGCAACAGCUAUUUUAAUAGAUUUGUUCCUUCACAAAAACAAAACUGUAGUGUAAGGAAAAUAUACUUUUUAACUAAAGUGCAAUUUUGUAGUGUGAACAUAAACAUCACAUUAAAGGGAAUAUUUAUGCACAAAUUGAAACUAGCAAUCCCACAAUAGCUUACCCAUUUUUAAAAACAAAGG